AUGAGCUAUCUAAUUAUAAGCUUUGAUAGUAGCACCAAUAUUGACGAUGAGGUAUCAAUAACAGGAUCCUUCAAUCAUUGGUCAGAGAAAUUACCACUCAAAAGGGACAAUAAACACUGGGAGAUCCAUCUGGAUCCGAAAGGGGUGACUGAGCCGUUGGUGUUUAAGUUUAUCAUAAAGUCGCCUGAUGGUUCAGAAAACUGGUGCUGUUCAGAUAUGUAUCAAAAAGUGACCGACGAGAGUGGAAAUGAGAACAACGUUGUUGAUGAUCUUGAAAGGUUGCAAACCAAAGAUCCCUCUACGGCAAGGACUGUUGAGGAGGAGCAAGAAGAGAAAGUGGAUGGACAUAGUGGUGAGCAAAUUGUUGAUGCAAAGAAUGAAAAGGCUAAUAAGCCGGUAGACUCAGAAUCAGAGUAUGAAAAUGACCAAUCAAGUGUGCACAAUAACACCGUUCAAUCAACAGUUGAUAAUAAAGCAGAAGAAUUUAACCCGUUCAUUGACGAAGAUUUUCAGCUGCAUCCAACAAGCCCCCAUAAUUCGUCGUCCUCUAAUACUGCUUCCAAUCGAUUGCCUCAUCAGAAUAUCUCAAAUAUGGUCCACAUCUCGUCUAUUAAGAACGGGACAACAACAAACGACCAUGACCAGGAAUCUCCUUCAGAGUCGCAGAAUCCUCCUAAAACAGUGGCUAAAGUGUUCUAUGCUUUUCCUUGGUUUUUCAAAUUCCUCUUCUUGAGACUUUUUGGCUACUCAAAUAAUUAUUUUAGCGUAAGACGAUUUGUGGGGCAAUUGUUUGGUUUCAUUCAUAAACCAUCGGAGAAUAACAACAGCGACUAG